AUGCUGUAUUUCUUCAGAAAAAUGAGCAGGCGGACUUGUUGGAUUUGUAAGAAGUGCAGAGAGAAAUCUAAGAGGCCCCCUUCAAACCUUACUUUGGAGGAAGUGCUGCAGUGGGCCCAGUCUUUUGAAAAGCUGAUGGCUACAAAACAUGGCCCAGUGUUCUAUGCAGCAUACUUAAAAAUGGAGCACAGUGAAGAGAAUAUUAAAUUCUGGAUGGCAUGUGAAACCUAUAAGAAAAUUGCCUCACGGAGGAGCAGAAUUUCUAUGGCAAAGAAGCUUUAUAAGAUUUACAUCCAGCCGCAGUCCUCUAGAGAGAUUAACAUUGACAGCUCUACAAGAGAAACCAUUGUCAAGAAUAUUCAAGAACCAACUCAAACGUGUUUUGAAGAGGCUCAAAAAACAGUCUAUAUGCAUAUGGAAAGGGAUUCCUAUCCCAGGUUUCUGAAGUCAGAAAUGUACCAAAAAUUUUUGAAGACUAUUCAGUCUAACAACAAUUCCUGAUUACACUAAAAAGUUAAAUUGAAAGCACUGGCUUUGGUCUUUUAAUCUAGAAAAAAUCAGAAAUUGAGUAGGAAUGAAAUAGAAGAAAUCAAACUGUAAAUUGAUUUUUAUUCCCAAAGAGAUACGGAUUUCAAAAGGGAUGGACUCUAGAACUCUUAUACAUGGAUAACACAAUUUAAGGCACACAUGUACAGAUUAGUUAAUAUGUAAGGAGAAGAAAGGUCUUUCUUCAUGACAACAUUAUAAA